UAGUUAUGGGUCAGAAACCGGUAAAUACGAUGCUCUGAGUACGAUAAUCUGUCAGGGUUGUGGUGGAGGGUGAGCAGCAGUACACACGCGGCCAGGACCACCGCCAGGCAGGACACUGAGGAGGCGAACCUUUGACCGUAUCACCACUGCAGCGCCCUCAGCAGGAGACAUGAGUGGCGGAGGAGGGACGGGCCUGGUGCUGAACCUGACGCGGCCCGGCGGUAACCAGAGUUUCUUCACGACUCAACGCAAGAGGGAGAGGGACGAUGCUCCCAUAGUGACCAUAAAGCGUCCCAAGGUCACCCACAAAGCAGCCCCAAGACUCCUCAAACCCUCCACACCCAAGACUCCCCCUGAGAAGAAGAGUGAAGGAAAGGAGCCAGCCCCAGCCCCAGCCCCAGCCCCAGCCCCUGAGCCCCCCCUCAACAAGGAGGAUGCACCCACUAAUGAGGAGAAGAGGGAGAUCGUCACAUCUCUCUUUAUGGGUAACCCGGCCAUCCCCUACAUCCCCAAGUCCAAUGUGACAAGGCUCUCAGAAAAGGUGUUCUCAGAGGAGGCUUUCUCCUCGCAGGACCUUGCCCCACACAUUGUGUCUAACUUGGAGAAGAUUGGGCUCACCUCAAUGACAACAGUGCAGCAGCAGGCCAUUCCGUCCAUCCUCGCAGGCAGGGAUGCUCUCGUCAAGUCACAGACUGGCUCGGGCAAGACACUGACGUAUGCCCUACCCAUCAUUCACUCCCUCAUGAAGCAAGUGCCAAAGGUGCAGCGUAGCGAUGGAGUAUUGGCACUGGUGGUGGUGCCUACGAGGGAGCUGGCACUGCAGAGCUACCAGUGGUUUGAGAAGCUACACAAGUCCUGUGUGUGGGUGGUGCCGGGGUACCUCAUCGGGGGGGAGAAGAAGAAGGCGGAGAAGGCACGUCUGCGGAGGGGCAUCAACAUCCUGGUGGGCACGCCAGGGCGCCUCAUCGACCACCUCCACACCACCAAGAGCCUCACCCUGGCAGCGGUCAAGUUCCUGGUCAUUGAUGAGGCUGACAGACUCCUUGACAUGGGUUAUGAAAGGAGCAUUACAAGCAUCAUCGAGACACUUCAGGAGCAUCAGCCAGGCAUAGAGAGGAAGAGACAGACCAUCAUGCUGUCUGCCACCCUCUCUGCUGGGGUGGAGAAGUUGGCUGGUAUGAGUCUACAUGAUCCCAAGGUGGUGGACGUGAGCUGCAGUGUUGGCGAAGGUGGUGGUGGUGACGGCACUGGUGAGGGGGCGCAGCUGCUGACCUCUGAAGCGCUGGCCACACCUGCCAACCUGUCCCAUCACUACCUCAUUGUGCCUGCCAAACUGAGGCUGGUCACAUUAGCAGCCUUCAUCCUCUCCAAAUGCAGGUUUGGCGACGAGAGGAAAAUGAUCAUCUUCUUUGCGACACAGGACAUGGUGGACUACCACACGGCUCUCUUCUCCAAGGUGCUCUCAAGGUAUGGCCAGGAGGAGGAGAGCAAGACAUCCCUCGUAAAGCGGGCAGAGAAGGUGUUGGCAGGACAGGAGGACGACGGGGAGGGGAGCCAUGAUGAAGAGGAUGUGGAGGAUGAGGAGGAGGAAGAGAAAAGGGAGGAAGAGGCAAAGAAAGGAGAUGCCAUCCUCUUCCAGAAACUUCAUGGCAGUAUGACCCAACAGGAUCGCUCAGCUGUGUUCAAGUCGUUCAAGGAGGCCUCGGCUGGAGUGCUGAUGUGCACUGAUGUCGCCUCAAGGGGUCUGGACAUGCCUAAGGUGCGGUGGAUUGUGCAGUUCAACGCGGCAUGCACAGCAGCAGAUUAUGUGCACCGUGUGGGUCGCACUGCCCGCGUCAACGCCCCCGGCUCAGCUCUGGCCUUCCUGGCACCUGGAGAGGCCUCCUACAUCACCAUGCUGGAGCGGCACAAGAUCACGAUGAUGGAGGUCAACAUGAAUGGGGUGCUGAGGAACCUACUGCUGCGGCCAGACCCCAACAGUCGAAGGGGGGUCAAAACAGUGGAGGAGGCUGCCACCGGUCUACAGUUGAAGGUGGAGAAACUGCUCAUUCAAGACUAUGGCUUCCAUGACCUUGCCAGGAAAGCCUAUGUGUCGUUCAUCCGUGCCUAUGCCUCGUACCCUAAGGAGGUGCGGGAGAUGUUCAACUUCAAGGCUCUGCAUCUGGGCCACUAUGCCAAGAGUAUGGGCCUGAGGGAUGCUCCUGGCACUCUGGGGGCUGCUGCCGCCUUCAGGGCCAAGCGUGAGAUGAAGGAGCGGAGGGAGAGGAAGGAGAAGAAGAGGAAAAUCCAGGUGAUGAACCAGCGGUGCGGCAACCUGCCCAGGACUGCUGGCAUGUCAGAGUUUGACAGCGGCCUUGACUCUCUUCCCAAGAUGAAGACCAAGAAAAAGACCAAAACCAAGAUGGGCAAGACCAGGCUCAAGCGAUGACGGCCUGUGCAACUGAGUUGACUGGUCUGAUAAUUUGAAAGUCGUACAAACCAGAAAAAUAAAUAUAUAACUUUGGUUAAUAGGUGUAUGUGUGUUAAUAUGUGUGUGUGUGUGUGGAUUAGGGUGGGAGGGUCAUUAGCAUUUUUAGACCAGGAAUCCCAGUUUGUGAGUGUCUGUAGCUGAUGAGUUGAUUUGGUGUAUUUUUAAAGAUUUAAUUUUAUUAAAUGUUAAUGUUCAAGAGAAUAUAUGCAUGCAUGAAUUCAUGUCUGUUGACUUUGUGUGUGUGUGUGGGCAUAUUUGUAUGAGUGUAUGAUGUUUUAUCAGUAACUGUAAGCUGUGAGUCCCAAAGUAUAUGCACCCUGCCCUUCUGUUGAUAUUGCCAUUAUAUAUUUUUAAUAUAUGCAAUAUAAACACAA